AGGGCGCAGGGAGCCGGAGGCAGGCGAAGGGAGAGCGACCGAGUCCCGGGCGAGUCAGGCGUCAGGAGCCGCACGAUGCCGAACAAAACUAAAAAAGAGAAGGAACCGGCCAAAUCUGCCAGAAGCAGCGCAAAGAACAGCACCGUGAGUGUGGGAAAGGACGAGCAUCCCGAUGAGGCCCAACAGCAGCAGAUGGCCAGCAAGAGGCCCAGCAACAGCACCCCCCCGCCUACCCAGCUCAACAAGAUCAAGUACUCAGGGGGGCCACAGAUUGUCAAGAAGGAGCGCCGCCAGAGUUCAUCCCGCUUCAAUCUGAGCAGGAACCGCGAGCUGCAGAAACUGCCGGCCUUGAAAGAUGCCCCACCCAUCGACAGGGAGGAGCUGUUUGUGCAGAAGCUUCGGCAGUGCUGCGUGCUGUUCGACUUCGUCACUGACCCGCUCAGCGACCUCAAGUACAAGGAGGUGAAGCGGGCCGGCCUCAAUGAGAUGGUGGAGUACAUCACACACAACCGUGAUGUGGUCACCGAAUGCAUCUACCCAGAGGCCGUCAUCAUGUUCUCAGUGAACCUCUUCAGGACCCUACCCCCCUCCUCGAACCCAACAGGGGCAGAGUUUGACCCAGAAGAGGAUGAACCCACGCUGGAGGCAGCAUGGCCCCACCUGCAGCUGGUGUACGAGUUCUUCCUGCGCUUCCUGGAGUCUCCAGAUUUCCAGCCCAACAUUGCCAAAAAAUACAUCGACCAAAAGUUUGUACUGUCCCUCCUGGAGCUCUUUGACAGCGAGGACCCCAGGGAGCGGGACUUCCUCAAGACCAUCCUGCACAGGAUCUACGGAAAGUUCCUGGGCCUCAGGGCUUAUAUACGGCGGCAGAUCAACAACAUUUUCUAUAGGUUUAUAUAUGAGACGGAGCAUCAUAACGGGAUUGCAGAGCUGCUGGAAAUCCUUGGGAGCAUUAUCAAUGGUUUCGCUUUGCCAUUAAAAGAGGAGCAUAAGAUGUUCCUGAUAAGGGUCCUUCUGCCUCUGCACAAAGUGAAGUCGCUCAGCGUGUAUCAUCCACAGCUGGCUUACUGUGUGGUGCAGUUCUUGGAGAAAGACAGCAGUCUGACGGAACCGGUGAUCAUGGGUCUGCUGAAGUUCUGGCCCAAGACCCACAGCCCCAAAGAAGUGAUGUUCUUGAAUGAGCUAGAGGAGAUCCUGGACGUCAUUGAGCCCUCCGAGUUCAUUAAGGUCAUGGAACCUCUCUUCCGACAGCUGGCCAAGUGUGUGUCCAGCCCACACUUUCAGGUGGCGGAGAGAGCCCUUUAUUAUUGGAACAAUGAAUACAUCAUGAGCCUCAUAAGUGACAACGCAGUGAAGAUUCUGCCAAUAAUGUUUCCAGCACUGUACAAGAACUCCAAGAGCCACUGGAACAAGACGAUACAUGGGUUGAUCUACAAUGCCCUGAAGCUCUUCAUGGAGAUGAACCAGAAGCUGUUUGACGAGUGCACACAGCAAUACAAGGCAGAGAAGCAGAAGGAGAAGUACAAGUUGAAGGAACGAGAGGAGAUGUGGCACAGGAUCGAGGAGCUGGCCAGGCAGAACCCCCAGCUUUCAAAGCUGAACCCUUCUCUGCGACCUGGGAUCCACUCCCAAGACGAGUACAUGAUGUACAGCGAGAGCCCCGGAGGCCUGGCUCUCUACUCCAUGGAGACAGAGACGCCCACCGCUGAGGACAUCCAGCUACUCAAGAAGACUGUGGAGACUGAGGCCACGCAGAGCAUGAAAGAGCUGAAGAAGGAUAAGGUGCUGAUGCGGCGGAAGUCGGAGCUGCCGCAGGACGUCUACACCAUAAAGGCGCUGGAGGCCCACAAACGGGCUGAGGAGUACCUGACGGCCAAUCAGGAAGCUCUCUGACCUGAAAUGGAUGCCCCCCCUUCCUGUGUCUCUUGGCUCGCGCCCUGUGCCACCCCAACGCUGCCUGUUGUACGCCCCUGACAGCCCCAGAGGACCCCAUAUCUGUAGACCUCUCCCUCUUUAACACACACACACACACACACACACACAUACACACACUCACCGACACCCAAACAUUAGUCUUUUCAGUGAGGCGCCUGUCUGUAGUUUUCCUUUCCCCUCCGCUGUCACAUCCUGGUCCGCAGCUCCCUGUCGCUCCCCUCUGGCCCUGCUGGUCAUGCUUCCGAACCUCCCUACUCCCAGUUAGCAGCAUUAGCAGAGUUGCAUCCAAGCAGCCUGCCCUGAAGGGAAGAGGUGCAGGCUUGUUUUGUGUCGUCAUGCAAGGCCCAAGCAAUGUGUCACUACUCUCUGAAACAAACCGGCCAGUGUGGCGGCCUAGAGACCCCCCCCCCCCCCGUUUGCUGCAUAAUAGCUAGGAAAAGCAGCAGGUACAGGGAUAUACUUGAAUUUGGAAGAAUCUCACAUGUUUGUGUUUAGUAGCACUUAGCGGUUCUUCUUAAUUAUAUCAGUGUUUUAAUUGGUUUUGUUGCUCUGUGACAGCAAUCAUGGUCUUUCUCUCUGCUGGGUCAACUGUAAUGUGCAUACUUGCAUUAUACCAAGACCCCUAUGACGGGAAAAGGCUCUCUUAACAUCAGUCCUAUAACACAGUUCUAUGGGGUGUGUCAUGUGACCUGGCCUCUUUGAGCAGCCCUGCUGCUAACUCUUUAAGCUUGAGGGUGUGGCAUAACGUUUUGGGGAAGCAUCUCAGGUCUGCUUCCUCCCUCAAGCUCCCUGACAUCUGAUCCUAUUGUAAGAAUGUGAGAAUUACUGCACUAAUGGGCGUUACAAGCCACAUGACAGUACCAGAGUUUGGUCUUUAUAUGACAGUUUCCCAUAAUGCUACAUGUACCACAGUUAGGGGCCCUUGAUCUGUAACUUGUGGGGCUGGCAGGUGAUGUACUGGUGGUUCCUAGUAUUUGCACAUCUUAUCUGUGUGUGUCUCUGUGAACCAUGAUAUCAAGGCUUUCUUCCUCCUGCCUCUGCUGGGGUAGUUUAAGUGAUCUUUGAUGACAGCAUUCUGAAUUGUAAAGCUGAUGGUGGAGGCCAUGUCUUAUAGGGUUCUUCAGUGUCUACAUCUCCGGUGCCAGUUGUUUCUCCUGCUUCAGGACAUUUGCAUUAUCUUCCCCUUCCUUCCUGGUGUCCCAGCACACAUCUCUAGGUGGCGCCAAUGAGAUUUCAGUGUCACUUUUACCUGACCCCUCUGGAGAAUGUCUUUGGAAACACAUUAGCUACACCUGACUACACACAGCAUUCUUUCCUCCUUAGAAAUCGAAUUACCCACCACACACACACACCAGUCCGGCCAGCCCUGCAUUGCUCGUAGCUGUUUGACCACCUUGGUUUGGCUUCACGUCUUCAUUUCAUGCUAAAUUUCACUUGACCAAAAAUGCAGAAUCAACAGAGCAGUUUCCUUGGGCGAGAAAUGGCGCGUCUCCCAUAUAUCCAGAUGACCUUGUCUUUUUCCCAACAUGUUCCAAAAUUUCUGUGCAGUUUGCCCUGGGGGAGUAGCUUUGGUCCACUUCAGUCCAGAUUUUGUCUUGGUGUGUCUGGGAAGGGGCUGCAUGUCAGCAUGGUCCUGACUUCGUUGGGAGUCUGGGGAGGGAGACCAACCCGGUCCAGCUUAUAGACAUAUAUAACUGCAUCCUCUCUUUUUUGGCUUUGAAACCAUGAUAUUGUAACCUCAUUUCACUUUUUUAUUGUUAUGUUUUUCUUUUUUAUAUAUGUCCAUAAGUAUUACUGUGGCUAAGCAGUUUCUUUUUAUUAUUCUUCCUCAGGACCUCUUUGUACACAUUUCUUUCUUCCUUUUCAAUGAAAAGCCUCCAAGUCUCCCUGGUGUUUUGGUAAGGAAAAUGUUAGUACAGUUUAAAAAAACAAACAAAAAAAGACAAAAAAAAAAAAAACUAAUUAGGAAAUAUCUACUCAUUUCAAAUGCCCUCCCCCACCCCACCCCACCCCCAAGACCUGCUUGAUUUAUUUAGGCUCUCAGAAUGUGAUCUACAAUUUUGCUGAGGUGCCUAAGCAAUAUUUCAGGAAAAUGAAAUACAAAAAAAAAAGCAUUGGUGUAUGGAAGAGUGCUAUACAAUCCUCUUAUUAGGACUAUAUACCGAGAGUACAUGCUUACUAUUCAGGAUCAUAAUAUGGGGAAAAAAUGAAAGCCUGCAGUUAUUGUUGCUGAUAUUUGUGUUUUAUAUAUUGUAUGUAUAUUGCUUAGGGUUGCACCACCCCAUGGCCCGUCCAUUACCUUGAUGCUCAUAGCUCUUCCUGUCACACACACCCAAUCUGGGCCCGUCCGUCACACCGACCUCAGCCUAGCUGCACAACAUGCCCACUUGGUUGCAGGGUCCGACCCUGGAACCUCAGUCCCUAAACCAUUGCUUAGGUGGGGAAUUAUUAUCCACAUGAGGUGCUGCUGGACACAGUGACCGAAGCUGUAGGAUCCCCACCCAUUAAGACUGAAUAAUCUCUAAAUAAGUAAUGCUAAUUGAUGAUACACCUCCUUAAAUUCAAUAAAUACAACAUAGCACUGGGGCUAUGAACUUUUGAUCUUAUGAGCAUUUAAUUUUAUUUGCUUUAUCUCUGCAACUACUGUUGAGCAGAGUAGACAUUAUCUUCAGUCAUUUUCUGCCAUAUCAUCUGUGGGAUGGGAAAUAAACCCUGUUACCUUGCUUCAUUUAGUGAAUGCCUGCAGUGGCCUGUGACUGAAGUUAAAAAACGUAUUUUGCUGUCAAAUAGUUAUAUUUUGCAUAACAUAGAUAAGUGGUUAGGCUCCAUUGAAACUUUGUGUCUGACAGUGCAUUAAUGGGACACUCCUUAGCAUCUGAGAGGUCUCACUCUGUCCAGCAGCUCUUGUCUAAAUGAAGAGGACAAUUUGAAUGAAAGGGUCUCCCCCACAGGAUCCUCCCACCCCUUGCCCAGUACCCACACUAAUGUUAAGCUGCUUUCCAGGUCAUAUGUACAUAUGUUGUACUUUAAUUAGGUAGAGCAUUACAUAGUAUGAAAUGUCAUUUUGUACAGAUGUUCAUGUAUGUACAGAACAAAAUAAAGUCUCUUGAAACAA